AUGGCACCAACCCCACGCCCCACCAACGACGGCGCCGAGUCGUUCGAGCCGCAAGAGAGCGAGCACCCAGCGCUUCACCCCUCCAUCACCAACGUUCCGGUCACGCCUGGCUUCGGCUUGAACGAGGAGAAGGAGCUCGCCCGGCAAACCAACAACAACAAUAACAACAAUAACCUGCCCUUUGACCCAGAGACGGCCACACCCGGGCCCGUCUGGGGCGACAAAGGCUCAUACUUCCCCAAGCACCAAGAAAAGGACCGUGCCAGCUCCACCGAGCAAGCAGAGGGUGCACGCACGGGCGAGGAGCUGCUGAGAAGGCUUAGCGUCGUCUCGGAUUCCUCGAAGAAGAAUGAUCUGGUUGAUAUCGACCCCCGAGCUGCGCACCCGGGGCUCAACCUUAGCGGCAGGUUGAUCAGCGCGACCUUUGCGGUUCCUUACAACCUUGGCUACUCAAAAGGCAACGACUGGGAGAUGAACCCUCGCCAUGGCACAUCUGCUCUGUUCGACUCGUUUUCAUACCUAGCUUCUUCGUCUUCGCCUUGGAACCACACCCUUGUCGGCUGGACAGGCGAGAUCUCGAACGCGAAAGCUGCCGUUGAGACGCCCAUCCAACCCACAGUCAACAAAGCGGCUGCGCCAAUUCCAGUCGAUUCCAAGAAGCCGGCACAGACACCCCAGCAGCCAUCGGGCAUACGCGUUGGACGCGAGGAUCGCGAACGACUAGAAAAGCAACUCGAGCGUGACCAUGGUGGCAAGAUAGUUCCCGUAUGGCUGGUCGAUGAGGUCGAUGAUGGCAAGGACGAGUAUGUCAUGAAAGACCAGAGCCGCUGGCGCACAUACGCAGAGCACGAACUCUACACGAUCCUUCACUACAAGCAAAACGAGCCGGCCGAUGGACGGGCCGCACGCAAAUCAUGGGCAGAUUACUAUCGUAUGAACAAGCUUUUCGCGGAUAGAAUCCUCGAAAUCUACAGUCCUGGCGAUAUUAUCAUGGUCCACGACUACCAGCUGAUGCUUCUUCCCAGCCUGCUGCGACAACGCUUGCCGAACAUCUACAUUGGCUUCUUCCUCCACGUCCCGUUCCCCAGCAGCGAGUUCUACAGAUGCUUGAGCAGACGCAAGGAGAUACUGGAGGGUGUUCUGGGCGCAAACAUGAUUGGCUUCCAGUCUUUCAGCUACUCGCGCCACUUCUCGUCAUGCUGCACUAGAAUUCUCGGCUUCGACUCGUCUUCGGCCGGCGUUGACGCGUACGGAGCGCAUGUCGCCGUUGACGUCUUCCCAAUCGGCAUCAACUCCAUCUCCACCAAGCGACAGGCCUUUGAGGCGCCAGAAGUAGAGGAGAGGAUCAAGCUGAUCCGUGAGAUGUACGCGGAUAAAAAGUUGAUUGUUGGUCGCGACAGGCUCGACGCCGUUCGUGGUGUGGUGCAGAAGCUGCAAGCAUUUGAGAUGUUCCUUGAGAAGUACCCCGAGUGGCGGGAGAAGGUCGUCCUCAUUCAAGUCACUAGCCCCAGCGCUGUGGUUUCUGACGGGGGUGACAACACACAGGAGAAGAUGGUGAACAAGAUCUCGGAUCUUGCCGCGAAGAUCAACGGCAGCUAUGGAUCCCUUAGCUUCACACCGGUGCGCCAUUUCCCGCAGUAUCUAUCCUCGGACGAGUACUUUGCUUUGCUUCGUAUCGCAGACGUUGGACUCAUCACCAGCGUUCGUGAUGGCAUGAACACUACGAGCAUGGAGUACGUUGUCUGCCAGAAGGAGAACCACGGUCCAUUGAUUCUCUCCGAGUUCUCUGGCACAGCUGGCUCCCUCAGCGGAGCCAUCCACAUCAACCCGUGGGACUUGGGUGGCGUUGCAGACGCCAUCAACGAUGCACUGAACAUGUCCACACAAGAACGCGAUGAACAGCACCAACAGCUCUACAGCCACGUUGUCGGCAACAACGUACAAUCCUGGACAAACAACUACCUCAAGAGGCUCCUGACCAACCUGUCGUCGUUUGACCAAUCCUUUGCUACACCGGCACUGGACCGUGCGAAGUUGCUCUUGCAAUACCGACAGGCGAAGAAGCGUCUCUUCAUGUUUGAUUAUGACGGUACGCUGACACCGAUUGUCAAGGACCCGGCGGCUGCCAUCCCCUCGGAUCGUGUGAUUCGCACGUUGAAGACGCUGGCGGCAGACGCUGCCAAUGCUGUUUGGAUCAUCAGUGGUAGAGACCAAGCCUUCUUGGAUGAAUGGAUGGGUCAUAUCCCUGAGCUUGGUCUCAGCGCCGAGCACGGCAGCUUCAUGAGGAAUCCUCUGAGCGAUCAGUGGGAGAACUUGACAGAGAAGGAGGACAUGAGCUGGCAGCAAGAAGUCAUUGACGUGUUCCAGCACUACACUGACAAGACACAAGGAUCCUUUAUCGAGCAGAAGAAGAUUGCGCUCACCUGGCACUACCGAAAGGCCGACCCCGAGUUCGGCGCGUUCCAGGCACGCGAGUGCCAGAAGCACCUCGAACGGACGGUGGCCAAGAAGUACGAUGUUGAGGUGAUGACGGGCAAAGCCAAUCUGGAGGUGCGGCCGAGGUUUGUCAACAAGGGCGAGAUUGCAAAGAGGCUGGUGCUGGAGUACGGCGAGGCGGCUCCCGAGUUUGUGCUCUGCCUGGGCGAUGACUUCACAGACGAGGACAUGUUCCGAUCGCUGCGGCAGUCGAAGCUGCCCAUAGACCAUGUGUUCUCGGUGACGGUGGGUGCCAGCUCCAAGCAGACACUGGCUAGCUGGCACUUGGUGGAGCCGUCUGAUGUGAUUUCGGUCAUUUCGCUGCUCAACGGCUCAGCGGACGCAGGGAACGUGGGGGCGGUGGCGGUGGUGGAGGGCUAUGUGCCAGAGACGCGGGUAUAA